AUGGCUGCCUACGAGAAAGGUCCCUCGAGAGGGAAAGCGCCCUCUCACCAGCAGGACUUGGGCGCCCCUCGCGCUGUAAUCCAGGCAAUACUCUCGUUCGCAGCAAAAAGUCGUCGGACACAAUGGCCUUCUUUUCCCACGGGACAGAGAACAAAAGGGACUUUCAAAAGCGCCUCCUCCCACCUCCUCCAACAGCUCAUCCGCCGCUCUCAGGAAACGGAGACAGACGCGCAGGGCGAAGAGGAAUCCUCGGAAGAGUCAGAGGAGUCCGCAAUGCUGAAUUUGGAGGCUGAGUUUGAUGGGAUCCUGAGAGAGGAGGCUGUGGCCGAAGCACUCAAUGAGUUGGGGUGGUCAGGCCCUGGGACGGAGCAGGUCUACCUCAACCUGAAUUUAUCACACUGCGAUUUAGUCGACAUCAGCAUUCUGUGUGACUAUGUUCACCUACAGAAGUUGAAUCUUUCAGCGAACAAAAUCGAAGAUUUGUCUUGUGUGAGCUGCAUGCCGUAUCUUCUGGAACUAAAUGCUUCUCAGAACAGGCUGACUACCUUCUUCAAUUUCAAGCCACCCAAAAAUCUCAAGAAGGUGGAUUUUUCCUCCAACCAGAUUAUGGAAAUGUGUGACCUGUCGGCAUACAACACUCUGACUCAACUCAUUUUGGACCACAAUGAGAUAGAAGAAAUCACUGGGCUAGAGAACUGCAUCAGCCUGACCCACCUCAGUCUGGCCAACAACAAGAUCACGACAAUCAGCGGCUUGGGAACACUACCCAUCAAAGUGCUUUGUUUGAGCAACAACCAGAUUGAGAACAUCACAGGUCUGGAGGAACUGAAGGCCUUGCAGAAGCUGGAUCUCUCCUACAAUCAGAUCAGUAGCCUCCAGGGUUUGGAGAACCAUGACCUCCUGGAAGUGAUCAACCUAGAGAAUAACAAGAUUGAGGAGCUGAGUGAAAUAGAAUACAUUGAAAAUCUUCCUAUCCUUCGAGUUCUCAAUCUGCUAAAGAAUCCAAUUCAGAGCAAAUCUGAAUACUGGUUCUUCGUAAUAUUUAUGCUGCUGCGACUGACAGAGUUAGAUCAGCAGAAGAUUAAAGUGGAAGAGAAGGUUUCUGCCGUGAAUAUGUAUGACCCUCCCCCUGAAGUGGUCGCUGUCCGAGAUCACAUGACCCAUGUUGCCAACAGCAUGUCGCAGCCACAGAGGAUCUUUGACAGCACUCUGCCAAGUCUGGAUGCCCCUUACCCCAUGCUGAUCCUAACUGGUCCUGCAGCGUGUGGGAAACGAGAACUCGCCCACCGCCUCUGCAGACAGUUUAAUACUUACUUCAGAUACGGGGCCUGCCACACCACACGACCGCCGUACUUUGGUGAAGGGGAUCGAGUUGAUUAUCACUUCAUCUCUCAAGAAGUUUUUGAUGAAAUGCUGAGCAUGGGGAAAUUUAUCCUAACAUUUAGUUACGGUAACCACAAUUAUGGAUUAAAUAGGGACACUGUAGAAGGUAUUGCAAGAGAUGGACUAGCAAGCUGCAUUCAUAUGGAAAUAGAAGGCGUAAGAAGUUUGAAAUAUUCCUAUUUCGAGCCUCGCUAUAUCUUGGUGGUGCCCAUGGACAAGGAGAAAUAUGAAGGAUACUUGCGGAGAAAGGGAUUAUUUAGCCGAGCAGAAAUUGACUUUGCCGUCUCCAGGGUGGACCUUUACAUUCAAAUUAAUCAGAAAUUUCCAGGAUAUUUCGAUGCGGUGAUCAAUGCAGACGAUCUGGACAUUGCCUACAAAAAGCUAAGUAAGCUCAUUCGAGAAUACCUGGGAUUGACCGAGGAAGUCACUAAGGGUUUGGCUCCAACUGCAGCAGGGGCUCCCUCUAACAAGAAGACCAUCUCUGGGGUCCCUGCACAUCUGGUCCCCUCCCCCAGGCGCUUGGCAAGACUGCAAGCAGACGGCCAAAACUCAGAGGCUCUCCCGGAAAUGCAGACUCAUGCAAUGACCUCUGAAAGUCAGAACCCAGCUCCCCCACAGAACCCAGAGUUAACUGAGGAGGGAGAACCCCCUAAGCAGGAUCCUUCUCCCAGCAGCCACCUGGAUACCCCUCAGGAGGUCAGUUCUUCAACCCUUGCUAUUCCUCAGGAAGCCCAAGGCAUACCACCAAAGGAGAAGGAAGGGGAAGGCCGGCCAGCCGAUCUUCCUCCGAAGAUAACCACUGAGAUGGAAGGCUCUGAAGAUGAGCCUGGACCACAUGAGGUAGAAGCAGAAGGACAGUCUUCUACUGUUGCAUCUCAAGAGCCAUCACAACAUCCUGAUCCCUCCCCCGGACUCAGACCUCAGUCAGACCAGGAUAAGGAAUCCAGAGAGCUCAAAGAAGCCCCUAGCAACCCACCCCUCUCUGAAUCUGCACAGGGACCUGACCCAGCUUCUGUUCAGGAUAAGGGAACUGAGCCCACCAACCCUGUGCCCAGCAGUUCCACUCACAGUGCUUCAGAAGAUCCUACCCCCUCUGAUGUGGUGAAGCCCGCUGGGGGCUCUCAACCACCUCCGAAGGAGGGAACCCCCAAAGCAGAAGUUCCCCGGGCUGGUACUCCUUACCCAGAAAUUCCCCCUCCCCAAGACUCAUCCACAAACUCAAAACAUACCCAGGUCAGGGAACAGCCAGUGACCUUGCUCCCUAGAAGCCGGCUGGCUCCUACCAGGCUGCCCCAGCCCCAAACCCUGGCUCCUCUCCAGAGCAGAAGGCCCACACCCAAGCUUCUCUCUCCCAGCAGGGAAGAGGCUUUGGGGACAAGCUCAGAUCAGACCCCAGCUCCAUCUCCAAGGUCUCUUCCAACUCAGGAUGGAGACCCCAGUAAGCUUCCUCCCAUCAGCCCUCCCCAGUCCAAACCACCCCCAAACCCAAGCCCCGACACAGCCCACAGUUCACAGCAAGCCCACGUUGGGAAAGGCAGUGAGAUGAAGCUCCCACUUAUCAGCCAGCAGGAACAAGCCCAGCGGCACUCCCCCAAUCCUCCCCAGGAAGAGGAGGCACCCAAAGUCCGCCUCCCUCAUAUUCCUGCUCCCUCUGUGGAACCUCGGCUGCCUCAGAACACCAGGCCAAGGUCUGCUUCGAAGCCUGCAAAGGAAAGGAAGACUCUUAAAGUAGGCCAUGCCUCCGGCAAGAAGAUUCCAAAUCUGCAGGCCUCACCUCACAGCCAGGAGGCUGCUAAGCAGAAAGACGCUAGGAAAAAAAACCCCAGGCAGAGAGAGAUAGCUAAAGGGUCGCCACACCCAAGAAAGAUGCCAGCUGGAAAGUCCCAGACUAACCAGCAGUCAGAGUCCCAUAGUAAGCCAACUCCUAGGAAUGCGUCUGACCCGCUUGCCACCACGUCGCCUCUGAGCCAAGCUGAAGCAGCGCCAGCAGACCCCCAGAACCAGGAGGAGAAAACCCACAAAGCCCACAAUUCCAGAAAGAAGGACCUGGCUCAGUCUGUAGAUGCAUCCCAGAACCCAGUAACGUCUGAAGGAGUAGCUCAAGAAAAUGAGAUGGCCUUCGGUGAGAAUCAGCCAACCCGAGAAAGUCAACCCCCACAGCCCACGGCCAAGUCAGCACAGGAGGGUUCUGCUCCUGUGGUACAUCGUGGGGGAAGAGAACAGCCUCAAAAGAAGGAAAGGUCUCAGAAGAGAGAGGGGGUGGGGAAACCUCCAGAGCCGGAGACUGCAGCCCCUAGCCAGCCGCGGGCCAAAGAGACCCAAGGCCACAGAGACACUAGUGAGCUCAGACAGGGCUACGCCCAGAGGCACAGCAUCCUUAUGUCUAAGCAGCAACCCAAAGAAAAACGAACUCGAAAAAAUGGGGCUGUGCCAGAGAACAGAAGCCCUGCUGCUGCCCCCCAGAAUCAGGUGUUAGAGGAGGAACAGGGCAGCCGGACAGGAAGACUGCGAGCCAGGGGCAGCCAGAGCAUCAAAGUUUAAGCCUUGUUUCUUGAGAAGCUGUGAGGUCUGGUGCUGUCAGGCUUGGAGAUGCACCUUUGGUGCUGGUUUCCUUCUGCCACCACCAGUCAACGCCUUGCCUGGGGUGGGAGGUCUCAGAAGCCUUCAUAGCCCUGUUCCCCUUGUGGCAGCAGCCUGGGGAGACAGCUGGUUUGUUGCUGGUGCCAUCAAGGGGCUCUUAUGAAUUUCAGUAGCACUGAUGGCUGAAGAAGGGAAGAUUACCAUAAUGUUUUGUUUUCUUCAUUAGGAAAACUCACUUCUAGGCUGGAAAAUUUCUAAUUUUUUUCUUCAUGCCUUUUGCAUUAUUGGAGGGGCCUGCAGCAAAAAAAAAAAAAAAAAAAGAAAAGAAAAGAAAAGAAAAGAAAAAAGAAAAAGAAACCUUGCUGCUUUUUUUUUUUUUUAGAGAUUCCCAGCAUGUGUACUUAACUCGUGAGGCCCCAUCUCUGCGAGCCAGGUACUGGCCGGCUAAGCACUCGAGGUCUGAAUUGGCAUCUGUUUUGUUUGUACAUUUCAAAACGAGUGUCUUCUUUCUGUCUUUGAAUAGAAAUCUCACAGUCCAUGUCUUCAGUAUGCCAAAGCAUCUGGUCCAAUCACAUAAAAGAAUGUGUGGGGAGGAAAUUCAGGGGAAUCGGUUUUUCAUUCAUCUCUCCGUAUUUAUUCUGUUAUACUUCUGGCCAUGACUAAGGGGUAGCCAAAGCCAGCCUAUUGGAAAUCUAUUAGAUGAAAGUAUGUGUGCUUCUCACACAGCCAAACUAUGGGAAGGGCCAGGGUGCAGCCGUCUCUCAGAGGCAAGGGACCAGCUACUGAUCAUCACCAAGGUUCUUGUCAUCUUCCCAACUAAGCAAGAGUCUAGACUGCUGUCAUUUCUCACCUCUGCCAUUCUCCAGGUUGAUUCCAGUCUUUGAACUGCAAAUGGUUAUAUGUCAUUCUCUCUGCAUAGCAGGGACAUCCCCACCAACAGCUCUCAAGUUACAUCUGGUGGUAUCUCUCACCACCGCUACAACGGGAUUCAUCUAAAUCAUCCUUAAUCCUGAGGUUAAAAAGAACAUCCAGAGAAAGGCUGAUUGCCCCGUUGGAUCAAGCGUUCAUUUAGAACAAUCAGCUCUGGCAUGGGCAUGGUUAUCAUCACCUAUCACCCACUGGGUUCACUGCUCCAUACGGAGACUAUGUUUCCAGGGGCGAUAAUUGCAGUCAAGGCCAUCAGUCCAUGAUUCUACUCUUUUAAAAAAAAGUUAGAAGAUGAUCAUUGAGUCCUUACUGUGUGUACAGGCAAUGUAUUGAAGCUAUGUCUGAUAUCCCAUGUUUAGUAUAUAGCCAGUGACUAGUGCCUGUGUUUUAUCUUCUACAAAAGAUAGGUGCCCACAAACCUGUAUGAAUAGCAAAUAUUAUCUCAAGUGCAAUAGAGGACACUGAUAUUAUUAAAAAUCAGCCAUAUAGGGAGUGAACAAGACUCUGCUCAGAACUAUGGAAUAUUAGUAGUUAUCCUCUGAUUUAUCUGCCUUCUCUAAGAUAAAGGUUAUAGGAUGAUUUUUAAGUAAUUUCUAAUUACUAAGUGAAGUCAUCACCAAGAAGGCUUUAUUGAGCAUUUUCUAUGUACCAGACAAAGCAGUGGUUGCUAGGUAUAACAUAAGAUGAUGCCGACACUUUAGGGAACUCUGACAAAACAGCCCAUGACUGCACCAUGUAAUUGGGGUACGUGGAGAUCCCAAAGCCGGCUUAGCUGUAGAUGGCAUCCCACAGGUAAGAAAACAUGAUCAUUUACUUUUCUAGAUUGUUGUAAGGGCACUCCCUCUCUGAGUGCCAAGGAAGGGCACCGAGAUCCACCUCCUAGAACUGCACCAGGAAACACUUCAGAGAGAAGCUCGUCCCUCAGCUGAGGCUUUAGGGCUGCAGAACUGGUCAGUAGACGGAUGCAGGAGGAGAUGCUUGCUGUUGCCUAAAUGCACAGGCAGGGCAGAUAGUGUCUCCUUAGACCCAGCUGCCAGGUGGACUACAGGCCAGUCUAAUCUGUGACGGGACUUUGGAAGCCUCAUCUUGUUACAACAUGGGGAGGGCAGAGUGCUUAAAUUUGUACUCUAGUGAUAACGAUAAGGAAGACAAUGCUAGAGACAGAACGACCUCACAGCUUGACAGGAGUUAGGAUAGGGCUAGUAAGGGCCUGGAAGAUGGCACCACUGUCAGGGGAGGUCAAAGCCAGUUGGUAAUUAGCUUGGCAUUGGAGAGGGUAGAUUAUGAAAGACGGCAAGCAAAGAAUUGCCUUCCCCCUCUUUGGGACCAUCUCAUUAUGUAGCCCUGGCUGGACUAGAACUUGCUAUGUAGAUCAGAUUGGCUUUGAACUCACAGGAAUCCGCCUGUCUCUGCCUCCUGAAUUGAAGUUCAGAUUAAAGGCGUGCACUUUGAUGCCCAGUACACCGUUCAUUUUCUAUAUAUGGAGAUUGGGGUGCUUUGUGGGCCGGAGCCUCACCUGGGUUUGAGUUUUGGAACCAUGUUGGGGUGUCCUCUUUGGCUGCUGUUUUGGAGAUGUUUGGAGCUGCAUUUUUCUUUAGUGUCUGAGUGAGAUGCGUUACGCAGGGUUCCCUCUGCUGCGGAGGAGGCUCUAACCCCUGGAAUUCACAAUAAGAGAGGGUUUAUUUUUUCUUUUUGGUUUUCUAUGGUUUGAAGUUUUAUCCACUGCUGUUGGACACUUUGAAAGGAGAGCGAAAGCCCGUUGUCUGGGAGAGGCUUUUACUGCUAGUAUUGAUUGUCUUGCCACAAGGAAAACCUUCACUUUUUCAAUGCAGAGCAUAAAUAUAUAAAGUGGCCGCUUUCCAUCUACACUAACCGGCAAAGUUCACAUUGCUUCUGCCUGGGGUUCAUCACAAAGCAAUCCCGAGAGAGAGAAAAAAAGCCCUGGUGAGCUUUAAAAGUCACCGCGCUCAUAAUGUCAGCUUCUCAUGAUAGUCUGGUGUUUAGCAUUCAGAUCAACAGAGAGCGCUUCCACCAGCCGAAAGAGCCUUCUUCACGUAUGUAAAGAGCCUAAAGAUAUUGAAGGCACGAUCAAACAGCUCACAAAAGAGGAAGUAAAAAUGUCCAAUAAGCAUGUCAGAAACCAUUUAACCUCACUGUAAGUUAAAGCAGAACAGACUUUUUGAUACCAGAUAUUAAACAGAUGAAGCUUUAUUGGGUGAAGUGUUGGUGUCAACAGUGAGGAAGCAAAUUGGCUUGCCUUUUCUGGGGAACAGUUUCCCACCCCAUCAAAGAGUUGGAAUUCGCAGACCUUUAAUCUGAUCAUUUAGAUCCAAGAAUUAUGAUGAGGAAAAGUACGCGAGAAUGUUCAUACCAAAUUUUAUAACGAAGGUUAGCAAUACUCCACGUAAUGGGAUUUUUGAAAUACAUUUACAACACAGCCAUCUGCUAGAGCCAUCUGCCUGGUGUUGCCCUUAUAAUCCUGUAGACUCUUUACUUAGAAGAUAGUGUUCAUUACACAUGAGGAGGAAAGGGGAUUAAGGAGGUAGUCAGUGUGGCUCUUGUGUUGGCUAUGGGACACUAGAUUGAGACUAGUUUUCUUCUCUUGUUUAUGUUUUUGGUAUUCUCUACAAGUUCAUGUUUAUUCUAAAAGGGAAAACAGAAUUAACGCGUGUACACACACACACACACACACACACACACUUUGGAGUGCUACCACGUCUGUUUGGUCCAUUCCAAUUUGACGUAAUAAAGGACUUUCUGAGAGUCAGAUGGCUUGCAGAAAAACAGAGCAGCCUCCUCCAGACGUGAGGCGCAUCAUCUCACAAUGGAGCCUCCGUGUGUUGGGCGACUUCAUAGAGUGGAUGGAACCGCAGUUUCUCUUUCUGAUUUAUGGUCCACUUACAACAACUGGUCUCCUUGUUAUGAAGAAUCCAGCUGCCUUUUUCAUUAAGUAGCAUGCUUUUGUGGUAGAAAUGGAGUGGUCCUUGUGUUCAUUAGCUCACUGGCUUAAAACAUUUGUGAGCAAGCUCCAUAGGUAGAAGAGGUACAUUUCACAGUAGCACAGCCCAGGAAGCACAUCCACAUAUAGGAAAUAAUUUUCUGACACUUCUCAUCGAUGAUGUACUCACAUUUUCUAUGGUGCUGAGUUUAAAUUUUCUAAAUUCAGGUUGUAGCUCAAUAAAUCAGUUUUACAAUGUAGUUUGCACUCUACUGAGCCUUCUGGAUCUCAACUUUGUCCUGUUCUUAGGGCCUGCUUGCCAGGUCACCUACUUUCUCUAUCUGCCUUCAGGUUGGUUGGAUAGGCGAGCCUCAACUUACUCUGAAUUUUUCUCUGAGAACAGGAUCUGGUAUAUUGGCAGUUAAGUCUUUUGUUAUUGGUUGGUCUUAGGCUGGAUAUUAUUCUAACUGCCUAUACAUAGCUAUAAGUUCUUUUAUAAAGCUUACAAAACACGCCUGAUCAGUGAUGAUGCUCUCAGUAAGUAAUUAGACAACUCCCUUGCCCUUAGCUCCAUGACAACCCUAUAAACAGCACCCCCAAAUUUCCCCUUGAGGUCAUUGAGGUGCUGAUAUAGUACCUAGCACAAUAUGUCCAUAAGUGAGUUUACAUGCAUGGUAGGGUUUGAGAGACUAACUUUAGUAAGGACAUUUUCACGAUAACUAGGCAUCCUAAAAAGAGAGCAAAUGCCUGCCCCUCUUUUGUGUGAUGAUGGUAGGUACUAUUAGCAGAGUAGACCCAUAACCUUAAAGCUGACUGUGGGAUAGCCAUCACAAGCAGCCAAAGCUGAGGGUCUUCUGUUAACGAUAAUAACAUUAGAAAGCAUCAAUUACAAAUAACACUGAAUGUCAAAAUAAUCUUUGGAAACUCAGUCUAGUCAGGAGUAAAUGAAGGAGUAUGCUAAAGCACCCAGAACAAUGUCUGCCCCGUGGCAAGUAAGUACCAAGAUGAGCAUUUGUUAGCCCUAACAUGUAAACAGCAAAAAGAAAAAAAAAUAUUGCAUUUGGUCAUGAAUUAGAAUAGGAGAGUGUGUUCUGUUUGAACUAGGUGGAAGUGUUUGUUAAAUGAAAUUGUCUUCUCUGGAAAUCCCUUUGUGACUUCAUCCAUGGCUAAACUAAGGAGCUUAAACAGAAUCAGAACGAUAUUAAAAAGAAAUGGUAGUUCAGUGUACUACCCCUAAGAUAGAAGGCUCCUUCGCUAGGCAUUCACAGGCUGCCUGUGCCUGCAGAAGACAAGGAGAGGCAUCAAAGCUGAGCUGAUGGUGAAUUUCCUUCUGACACAAAUAUCCAGCACUUAGGAUAGCAGCUGGUGUGUAGUGCACACUCAGUAAAUGCUAUCUGUUCUUUUUAUUGUUGUUUCAUUGCUGGUAGACAUCAAGUGUAUUCUCCUGCAUACAGCACAUGCUGUCACAUUCUGUGUAAUAAACAGAUACAUUUAUACGUUUUCUCUUCGCGGUGGGUUGAGACGAAGUCUGGCUUUUACUUCUAGAUCUACCAACCCUCGGUUUUUGAGAACAAAACUAAACAUCCAACUGAAGAAAAGCAGGAAAACCUUUGCUGGGGAAAGCGACCGAUGAAGUGGGGACUUGGGGACAGUUGCUCAAAAGGCUAAAUAGUGGCCAGGUGCAGCAGCACGUGCCUGGGUGCCAGCUACUCCAGAGGUGGAGAAAAGAAGCUCCCUUAAAUCAAGGGAGGCUAGCAAACAGGGGAUGUUUCGGCUGGUGGCAGUGCGGUGCAUCAGCAAGAUUUAUUCAAGCAUUCUGGUCAGCGUAGAGGAAACUUUCGGCCUGUGCUAAAGUUUUCUGUAGGUUCUGUCUCUUGCUGCCUGUCACUGCUUCCUCUCCUUGUCUCCAGCUUCCGGUAGAACGCAGCUUAGAUAACUACACUUCCACUCUUGACGCUUGGUCCCCUCUACAUUUUAUUUCCUUCAAAGCAUCAACUAACAACUUCAUGACAAACUUACUCAUUUUGUAAAAAGAUCUGGCAAAGCCUUAGCUUUCAUCUGAGUGUUCUGGAGCUGGUGUCUGGACGUUGGCUUCUUAGUUGAGUUUCACGGAAGACAUUACGCAGAACGAAGUCUGGAAGGAAGAAAAGGUUUCGAACUUCAUUUUCUCUGUGUAUGAGUAUUUUUUUUCAUAAACGUUCUUUUUUUUCCCCUGGUGUGGAGUCUGUUUCUAUUUAAGUAGCUGGUUAUCCCUCUGCUAGGACACCAAAGAAUAGAGCAUCCCACUGUUCCAGUAGUUUAGCAGAUGUAUUCAUCUUGCCAUAGAAACAUGAACAUUAUUACUCUAUUUCAUUGGACUGACGAGAUAGCUUUCUGCGUAGUAUCCUAUUUUGCUAUGGAAAAUUAUCAUGGGUAUUAUAUGAAAUGAAUUUUCUGCUUGCUGUUAUCCCUUUCUCAGAACACAAACAGACACGAUGUGUUGCAAUGCAGUUCUGUCUUGGAAAAAUAGCUUCUUUUGGUUCCUUCAGCUUUGUGAAAAUACUCCCUAAUGAACUCAUUGCUUUUCUUUACUUUCUACCACAAAUUGUGUAACUAUUCUAUUAGAAAUAAAUAUUUUACAUUCUAUAGUACAUUAUGUGUUUUAAGUUGUCUUAAGCCUCUUUUCAUGGCUGUAUAUAUUUCAUGAUAUAUAUUUCUUAUUGUGGGAAUUUACUUGUGUUUAUAUAUUAAUCGUGGCAUUGAUAAAUUACUAUUAGUUAAAAGAAAACUGCAUGUUUUUAGAGCCGCCUUUUUGUGGGAGAAAAAAAAUGAAUGCUUUUGGAGUCAUUGGGUAGUGAGAAUUUAUUUAUUUCUCAAAAUGGGAGCCUGUUUCCCUAGUCAUCCAUUCCAGAGACUGUUUCUUUCAAAGAGAGAAAAACUAGUGGGAAUACAAUUCCUUUUCAAAAUUUUAUUUAAAUACCCAUAGACUUUCCUACUGAAAGAUGAUCAGCCCUCUGUGUAUGGAGAGUGGUCACAUGGCUACGCUGCCCAAGUCAUCUUGCUGCUCUAGUCAGAGGUAUUAAAUGGGCUCUCUCUUCUCAUAAUAUUCACAGCCUCGCCCCCACAUAGCAAUUUAAUGAGUGCUUCCUGACCUGGAUGUUUUCCUGUGAUAGCAUAUCCUUGGCAUAGAUUAUUUUCUCCUUUCCUGUGUGUGAGAUAUCCUAUGUUGCCUGUAUGAUACAACAUUAAACACGUCCAUGAUCUGUUUCUAGUGUGUUGUUGCCAUCACGUGUGCUGGUCUGACUGGAGUCUGUGCUUCUUCCUUUAAAGUGCAUUGGCCAAAUAGUAUUUAAGUCAUCUGGCUUCAAGGGAAUGUGUCUAAGUGCAAGGUGCAAGCCUUUUAAGAUCAUCUGGAAAUGCAUUCCGGUUGUUCCACAUCCUUCUGCGUUCUCCUGCGUCUGGUGACGCUGCUCCCCAUCAACAGCUCUAAAAUCCGCCAUGCUUCAUUACACUCACUUACGCUUCAUUGUAGGCAUUUAAAUAAAUUUAACCGGUCUACAUAAUGACGAGCUUGUGUCUUUCGUGGACUAUAAAGUAGUCUGCGUGCUUUUUAAGCAUUGCCUCAAGGCACACCUAAAUAUAGAUGCUCUGACUCAAGAUGACACCCAGGAAGUUGGAGGCGGUGCCUGGGAACGUGGGUAGUUCUGUCAGGUUUUAGCCGAGAAGGAAGGCCUUUUGUCUUCUGAUGUAUUAAGACACUAGAAAAAUACAUUUUAAGUGAUGUGAAAUGCUAGUCCAUAUCACUACAGUGGUGGCGUUUUAAUGUCGUUUCAGUCAUAUAAACACAUUAUCUGUGCCUCAGAUGCUGCGUUGCUAACUCGUAAGACAUUGAACUGUCAGGACUGCAGCUGCUCUGUAGCAUCAGAUUGAGCGUGGCUUCGUUAUACCACAGUACAGAUGGCUCAUGUCUUAGAAAGCUAGAGAAAGGAGCCCAUGCAAAAACCAUAUUUUCAAUUAGCUUAUAUAUAAUAUGUUCCCACAGAAAAGAUCAAGUAGGUAGGAAAAUAUAUGCAUCUACACACACGAUCUCUGAUCUUCUCUGUGGCAGUUAUUUCAGGAAAUGUGGUCUCUAGUUUUUAUCUUUUAAAAAUAUUUGUACUAAUUCUUUGAGAAUCUCCUACACUGCUUUGAUCAUAUUCAGCUCCCUUGCCCUGACUCUUCCCAGAUCCACACCCUCUUCCAUAUCCACACAGCUCUCUGUCCCCAUUGGUUUUUACUCUUGGGCAUGUGGCUACCUGCUGGAGCACAGUCAGCCAAAUGGGACCCACACCUUAAAACAACAACAAAAUACCUUUCCACUCCUGUUGCUCCUCAGCUUGGCCGUGGGGUUCCAUGCCCACCUCCACCUCCUUCCUGACUUGUGCACACUGUCACAGAUGCUGAGUUCAUGCGUGCAUCUGCCCCUUGUGUCCAGAAAACAGUUUUUGUUUUACUCAUUCACUGCCCCUGGCUCUUACCAUAUUUCCACUCCCCUCUUCCACAGUGAUCCCUGAGCCUUGGGGGGAGUGAGCGUGAUGUAGGGAUUCCAUGGCCUCUUAUUCUCUACGUCUUGACUAGUGCUGAGUUUUGAGGGAUGCGCUAAUGUAUAAUGGUAGAUCACCUGGGCUCAGCUUAAACUACUAGGUCCACUAAACAGAGUAAAGAAGAAGGUUCUGCCCUGACCUGUGAUCUGUCUAGCCACAGGUCCUGAUAACACUGCCAGCUUUGGGAUUACAAGCUGGUGCUGCCACCCAGAAUUUUAUGUGGGCACUAGGGAACCAAACUCAGGUUUUUAUGCAUCUGUAGCAAACACCGACUAAGCCAUCUCUCCAGCCUUAGAGGUGAAUUCUAUUUUUUUUUUAUUGAAAAUAGAUUUUUCAUAUAAUAAAGUCUGAUUACGGUUUCCCCUUCCAGAGCCUCCCCAUCUCAACACCCACCCAAGUCUGCACCCUUUCUUUCUUUCUUUCUUUCUUUCUUUCUUUCUUUCUUUCUUUCUUUCUUUCUUUCUUUCUUUCUUUCUUUCUCUCAUUAGAAAACAAGAGAGUAUCCAAAAAUAAUAAAAACAAACAAACCAGAAUGAGACAACACAAAGGUGCUAAAGAAAAAGCACGUGCAACACAUGGCUGCAGAGACAGGCGCAUUUGCACACAUGGAAAUCCCGUACAAACACAGAAUUGGAAACUGAAUGUUAUAUAACAUAAUGUGUAAGCAACAGACCUGUAAAGAAAAAUAAAUCCCAGACAAAGCAUUAUGAGGCAAAACAAUAACAACAAUAAAAACCUUCUUCUGGCUCUUCAUAUAAAACUGACCUCCCUGCCUGGUGUUCAUGUUUGAUCUCUUUAUCUCUUCCAACUUCUGACAAUGUCUCCAGCUCACAGAGAAAUUCCUUCUAUCCCCUCCCCUCCUCAGAGGACUUCUUUUGACCACCAUGCCAUCUCUUUCUGUCCCUUUAUCUGACUUCAUUGUGUUUAUCACCUAACAUUUUAAAAUGUGUUGUUGUCUGUCUCCAGCUUUAGUCUCCACGGGUCAAGGAGUUCUGUUUAUUGCUUUGUCUGCAGCGUCCAGAACUACAUCCUGUGCAUGGCAGGUGCUCAAUAAAUAUGGAUCAAAUCAAUAUUCUCAAGAAGAUUUAACAAAGAAUGCUCCCACACACGGUGCCUUUUGAUCAGUUUGGUUGUGAUAAGUACGGUUACUUUAAUGUUCCUCUCGAGAUUCCUCCUGACCUAGAAUUCCCAGAUACAUCCCGGCCAUUUACUACACACCAAUCACUCCGCUCUGAAGACAGGUGCUAGGGUAUGGAUUCUGGAUUCUCCGGCCACGAUUACUUUGCGACGACAUUCACUUUCCUUUAUUGGUUUGGGAUCGGCACAGUUUGUCUUAAGUUCAUGUUCAUUCAGUCCCAUCACACAGCAGAGAGUAGAGAGGUCACUCUUCUGCCAUCAGCCCCACCUCACCCUACCCCCUGCCCCUAACUCACCUCCCUUCUCCCUUGGUCUCUUCUUCUUGAGACAGUAUCUCACACAUCCCAUCCUGGCCUCAAGUUCUGUUUUAUGCUGAGGAUGACCUUGAACUUCUGACCCUCCUAUCUCCACCUCCCAAAUGCUGGGCUCGCAAGUAGAUCCAUCAUGCCCCACUGAUGAGAGCCUUGUGCAUGUUAAGUUGCCACUCUGAGAAUGAGCCUUGAGGUUUCAUGUUUUUUACGGAAUUUCUGUCUUCAGGCCGGGUGAGGCUCUGUGUGUAAAGUUCUGUCUGUGGACUGAGUUCCAGAUACCUCAUUGCAGCUUAUCAUCAGACCCAGGAGCCCAGGCCUUGCCUCCUAAGCCCAGAGACCUUGCCUUCCAUCUUAGUUCAGGGACACAAGCUUUAGCUUCUGGUACCUCUGACUUCUUGGCAUCUAUUCUGUUUCUGACCUCUUCACCUUGAAGUUUUUCUUUCCAGACUCUAUUUUGCAUAUAUAUUAAAAACAAAACAUACUUCUGUGAUACAUUCAUGCUUCCUUAUGUCUUUGGGGUGGGAUAGUUUCCCACAUCUGCUCAAUCAAGCAUGUUAAUUAAAGAUGUGUGGGAAAGUUACUAUUUUAGCAUUUUAUAAGCAAUGCUCCUGAAAUGCUUGCUGCUUCCAAGGACCUGUCUGCAUGAGCAAGACCUGAAGUGUGUAUUCUAUACCUCUAGAGAGUCUGAUGUUUUGAGGAAAGGCUUGGCGUUAAUCAUGGAUAAUUCUUGUUCCAUUGAACUCUAACACUUCUUAGAACUGUAUCUUUUAAUUUUUUUCUAAGAUUUUUGGAGACUUUUUUUCAAAUGGAAUGUAAUUAUAAGGGUGACUUUAAAUACUAAGAGCCAUUGUUUUGAUAUGUUUCAUAUUAAUGUGAAUACCAAGCCAUGCUGACUGAAUACUGGUUACCUUCCAAGGUGUUGUACCUCCUGGAUGCUAU